UUCUUAAGCGUUCAACAAAUCUUUCAUUGAAUCUAACUUGCAUAUGGGUUUGUUUCCCAGGGUACAUGGUGGGGAGGGCAGGGUCAGGCACCGGGCUGUACAUGGGUCCCUACUUCCCCAGCCCUCAGCCCCUGAACAUCACUGUACACCAGGACACCGUCGCCUACCUUCCCUGCACUGUCAAUCAGCUUGGAGACAAGUCGGUGUCUUGGGUGAGGCAGAGGGACGCGGAUAUCCUGACGGUGGACCGCUACACCUUCGUCAGGGACGAGCGGUUGACCGUACACUUCAUCCCUGAUACAGGCACCUGGACGCUGGUCAUCAAGUACGUCCAGGAGCGCGACGCUGGCACCUAUGAGUGCCAGAUCUCCACCGAGCCAAAGAUGUCACUGCUGGUCCAUCUUAACGUCAUUGUUCCGCAAGUGGAAGUGAGUGGAGCGGCGGACAAGUAUGUGAGGAGUGGAUCAACCGCUCGGCUCGAGUGCAAAGUGAGCUCAGCAGUUCAGCUUCCCGAUUACAUCUUCUGGUACCACUCUGGGGAGCGGCUGCUGGAGUAUGACAACCCCAGAGUGAAGUUUAGAGUGUCGAGGCGGGGCGGCCAGGGCAGUGAGAUGAGUGUUACAUCUACUCUGGUGAUCUCCAGUGCCAGGCCCUCAGACGCCGGCAACUAUACCUGCCUUCCCUCCAAUCUUCACCCUGCCACCACGCUCCUCCAUGUCCUCAAUGCAGAUGAGCAUCCGGCAGCAAUGCACACUGGAGGAGCGAAGACAACAGAGCCUCCCCCUUCCUGGGGAGUACUCCUGGUGGUGGUACUCAGUAUAUUAAUGGUUCACGCCUAUCCGCUCACAGCCCACGCCUGUGAUGGCGCGCCUUUCCACAUUCCUAGUGACGUAGGCGACGGUGAGGAACAUCGCCCCAGCAGAAGGACUGGAUGCAGAAGGGACUCGGCGUCUGGAUACAUAGCAAAGAUCUGUCAGGUCUCUCUCCCUCAUCGCUAUCCUUGUGAGAGCCGGGACCCACCGUCCUCCUCCAGGAGACAACCGGUUUCAGUCCCCUGGCGGCGGAGAGCAGCAGGUUCUGGAGGCAUUGAUAGGCAGGGUCAUCCUGUCUUCCCCACACUGUCUGCUUCAAUACUUCACAAAGUAUUCCCAGUAAGCGAUACAAUUGAUUCACACUAACACACACAUACAAACAAACACACAAAUACACACACACACUGGGAGAGGAAAUUCUUCAGGAGUCAGAAAAAGAAAAAGACUAGGGGGUUGAUAUCACGCCAGACAU